UGACCUGAUACGAUGUUGUCCAGGGCACGUGAAUAAAGUAAUACGGUGAGUAGGGAUCAAUACGCUGCGUAUUGACAUGCCAGAUGAAAGUCUAUUUAUCCCUCCAUUCAUAUCUGUUACCCAUCACCCGACAUAUACUUUGCUUUCCUUUUCAUCUUCUUCUUCAGUAAAUUGUUAGUUUUUGGUUCAACCUUGUUAAAAUGUCAUCAUUUUGGAAGGAUAAUUAUUUCGGUAAUCGUUAUUCUAACGACACAUGGGGAUCAAAUGCUGCCAAUGAGGAGGAGGAGGUUGUGUCUGGAGUCCCUGUUAAUCAAGAAACACAGUUGCCAGACUUGAACAAGACUCCCACUCCACCUGUUGAUGAACCAAAUUACCCGGCGCAUCAAGUGUGUCCAGAUUACGGAUACGGGUAUGAAUCUCCGUACGUGCAACAAAGUGGAUACGGUGUUGAGAAUGCACCUGUUGAUGAACCAUAUUACCCGUCGCAGCAAUCGUAUCCGGGUUAUGGGGUAUACGGGGAUGAAGGUGGAUACGGAAGUUACAGUGGAUACGGUGGUGAUGGUGGAUACGGGGGUGAAGGUGGUUACAGUGGAUAUGGGGGCUACGGUGGAUACGAUAGAUAUGGGGGUGACGGUGGUUACAGUGGAUACGGGGGUGAAGGUGGUUACAGUGUAUACGAUAGAUCUAGGGAUGAAGUUGGAUACGGUGGAUACGAAGAACAUGGUGGAUAUGGUUAUGAGUCCCGUAACACAUCACUUUAUGAACCAUCUACCCCGGGCAAUCCAUUUCAAGUAAAUGAGCGUUUCAUGUCUCUAACUGAUUUGAAGAAUUGGGUACAAGAAACGGGAAAGGAUAAUGGUUACGUAAUUGUUACCCGCCGAUCAAAAAAUAUUGGCGGUACUACUGGGAUGGUAUGGCUUGUGUGCGACCGUAGUGGUGAACACCGUAGUAAAGCAACAGUUAGGAAAGCUGGUAGCAAAAAAAUCGGCUGCCCAUUUUCAUUACUCGCCAUCCGGGACGUGAUGAACGACACGUGGGAGUUAAAAGUGGACUGUGCGAACCAUAACCACGAACCUACGACGAGUCUGUUGGGCCACGCUUUUGUGCGAAGAUUUACUAAAGCCGAAUACAAGCUAGUGGAGCAGCUAACUGCUCAAAACAUGGAGCCACGUAUCAUAUUUCAAACCCUAAGAAAGCAGUUCCCCGACAGCCUGCACGUUCAGAAAGACGUGCAAAAUGCGGUACAAAAAAUUAGAGCGACAAUAAUGGACGGAAAGAAUCCUAUUCAGGCACUGGAAAGCCUGCUGCAUGACCGCCGAUUCAUUUACGACACCCGACAAGAUCCCAAAACAGAUGUCGUAACAGAGAUUUUCUUUGUUCAUCCUUAUUCAAUCACUAUGUGGCGUGCAUUCCCGCACGUGAUGUUGAUCGACGCGACCUACAAAACAAACCUCUACAACAUGCCAUUUGUCCAGGUUGUGGGUAUGACGUCGACUGGGAAGUCUUUUUGUAUCGCACAUGCCGUUAUUUGUAAAGAACGAAGGGGUAACUACGUGUGGGUGCUUGAGCGGAUCAAGUCAAUAUUGCAUGAAUGUAUGAUGCCGCGUGUGAUAGUCACGGAUAGGGAGCUUGCCCUAAUAAACGCGUGUUCUAAAGUAUUCCCGAACGCAAAAAGGCUUCUAUGCCACUUUCACAUCCAACAAAAUAUAGCUAGAAAGUGCAAGUCAGGGUUCGAUAAAGAAGAUUGGGGGAAAUUUAUGUCGUACUGGCGGACAUUGUGCGAAUCUUCAUCAGAGGCCAUGUACAAGUACAACUUGGAGAAAAUGUAUAACCGACUCGUGGUUGCCAACCGAGAAAGUAAGUGUUCCUUCAACAAACGACUCACCCAAUCUAUUAUAUUUCACACACGCUUUUACAUUUCAUUAUUUUAUUUUUACAGGUGUCUAUGA